AUGUCGGAGCGGCCGCCCGCUCCGAGUCUCCGGGCGCUCCACCCUCCCGCGUGCGCGGGGUGGCGGGAGUCAUUGAACCCCCCUCCGUCCUCCGGGGGAGGACGGAGAGUUGGGUACCCGGAGGAGGCCGACGGGAGUUCCGAGACGGGGGGUCUCCCAGAGGAGGGAGACCCCCGCGACCAGUUGGACCGCCUUCUCCCCCUGGAGGGAGACGGCGGGAGGGAGCCUCGGAGGGGAUACGCCGGGAGCCAGCCGCGGACGAGGGAGGCGCUGCCGGCCCCCCGGUGGUCGGGGGGAGCAGCGCCGCAGAGGCGGGCCCGAAGGACGGAGGAGCCGCCCGACCGCGAGCCGGCCGUGAAGCCGGGAGCGGCGGGGGCCCUCCGAUGUCAGGCCGCGGUUGCCAAUCGGUCUGGAGGUGGUUCGGUGGGUGCGGGGUCGCAGCGGGACGCCCGGGGCCGAGGGGGAGCCCGGGGAGCGGACACAGGCGGCUGGAGGAAGCCUGGAGGCGUCACAGAAAAACCGGCGUUUCUGUCUCGAAAGCCGGCCAAAGUCACUCUGAAAUACUUCCCCAGCACUCUGAAAUAUUUCCAACGCCGGACACGGAGAGCCAGGGCCGGGCAGGGGGACCUGGGACCCGGCCCCACGGCCCCAGGAGACCCGGGACCCGGACCCAGGGGCCCCAGUUCUAACACCCAGCCCGCCAAACACUGCACUGAAACCGGCCAGGACCGGGUCCAGGUCCCGGUACGGGGCCCCAGUUCUAACACCCAGCCCGCCAAACACUGCACUGAAACCGGCCAGGACCGGGUCCAGGUCCCGGUACGGGGCCCCAGUUCUAACACCCAGCCCGCCAAACACUGCACUGAAACCGGCCAGGACCGGGUCCAGGUCCCGGUACGGGACCCCGGUUCUCACACCCAGCCCGCCAAACACUGCACUGAACCGGGCCAGGACCGGGUCCAGGUCCCGCACCCGCCAAACACUGCACUGAACCCGGCCAGGACCGGGGACAGCUCCCGGUACGGUUGGUACUUGGGCUUUCCCAUCACCUGCGGGACCUCCAGGGACCCCCAGUUCUCUCACCAGCACCCGCCAAACACCGCACUGAUCCCGGCCAGGACCGGGGACAGCUCCCGCUACGGGGACAUGUGCUCUCCAGGACCUCCAGGCAGCCCGGUUCUCUCGCAGACAGCCCGCCAAACACUGCACCGAUCCCGGCCAGGCCCGGGGACAGCUCCCGCUACGGGGACUUGGGCUCUCCAGGACCUCCAGGCAGAGCGGUUCUCUCGCAGACAGCCCGCCAAACACUGCACCGAUCCCGGCCAGGCCCGGGGACAGCUCCCGCUACGGGGACUUGGGCUCUCCAGGACCUCCAGGCAGCCCGGUUCUCUCGCAGACAGCCCGCCAAACACUGCACCGAUCCCGGCCAGGCCCGGGGACAGCUCCCGCUACGGGGACUUGGGCUCUCCAGGACCUCCAGGCAGCCCGGUUCUCUCGCAGACAGCCCGCCAAACACUGCACCGAUCCCGGCCAGGCCCGGGGACAGCUCCCGCUACGGGGACUUGGGCUCUCCAGGACCUCCAGGCAGCCCGGUUCUCUCGCAGACAGCCCGCCAAACACUGCACCGAUCCCGGCCAGGCCCGGGGACAGCUCCCGCUACGGGGACUUGGGCUCUCCAGGACCUCCAGGCAGAGCGGUUCUCUCGCAGACAGCCCGCCAAACACUGCACCGAUCCCGGCCAGGCCCGGGGACAGCUCCCGCUACGGGGACUUGGGCUCUCCAGGACCUCCAGGCAGCCCACCCACGGAGCUCUCCAUGGUUCUGGCGGAGCUCCGCACGCUUCUGACGCCUCUCCAGGGCUCUGAUGGAGCUCUGCAUGCCCAGGCCCAGGCCCAGGGCCGCCUGCACUCCCCCUGGAACACCCCGGACCCCGGCCUCCGGCCCGGGGACACCCCCUCCGGCCCGGAGACCCCCGCCAACACCCGGCGCACCGGCCGAGCCCGGGGACCCGCACUUAAGCACCCCUCCGACCGGCCUCGGCAGAGUGUUAGAGCCCAGCCCGCGUGCCUGGAGGGCCACGCCCCUGGUGUACCGCCCCAGUCAAACUCCCCACCUGCCACUGUCCUCGGAGCGGGUCGCGCCCGGCAGCGAGGCCGGGCGCUUGACGCCAGAAGCGAGAGCCCGCUGGGGGCUCGCCUCCCCGCCUCACCGGUGCCAGACUAG